CAGUCCGGGUCAGGCGCUGUGAACGGUGUCGCCCUGGCCUUUCCAGAGGACGGCGGGGCCGCGAGGGUGAGGAGGCGCGCGCAACCAAGAGGCGGAGGGCUCCGGAACGGCGGCCGCACCCCUGCAGGAGACGCAUCUCCUGUGAGCGGGGAAUGAAGGAUGGCAGCGCGCCGUGCGUUAAAAGCUGUUUUGGUAGAUCUCAAUGGCACACUUCACAUUGAAGAUGCAGCUGUGCCAGGCGCACAGGAAGCUCUUAAAAGGUUGCGCGCUGCCUCUGUGAUGGUUAGGUUUGUGACCAAUACAACCAAAGAAAGCAAGCAGGACCUACUGGAAAGGUUGAAGAAAUUGGAGUUUGACAUCUCCGAGGAUGAGAUUUUCACUUCUCUGACGGCGGCCCGGAACUUAGUAGAACAGAAGCAAGUGAGGCCCAUGCUGUUGAUUGACGACCGUGCACUGCCUGAUUUCACAGGAGUACAAACAGGCGACCCCAACGCUGUGGUCAUCGGCCUGGCACCAGAACAUUUCCAUUAUCAGCUUCUGAAUCAGGCAUUUCGGUUACUCCUGGAUGGAGCCCCUCUGAUAGCUAUCCACAAGGCCAGGUAUUACAAGAGAAAAGAUGGCUUAGCCCUGGGACCAGGACCAUUCGUGACCGCCUUAGAGUAUGCCACAGACACGAAAGCCAUUGUCGUGGGGAAACCAGAGAAGACGUUCUUUCUGGAAGCAUUGAGGGACACUGGCUGUGCCCCAGAGGAGGCUGUCAUGAUAGGAGAUGAUUGCAGGGAUGAUGUUGGUGGGGCUCAGAACACUGGCAUGCUGGGCAUCUUAGUCAAAACUGGGAAAUAUCGAGCCGCAGAUGAAGAAAAAAUUAAUCCACCUCCCUACUUAACUUGCGAGAGCUUCCCUCACGCUGUGGACCACAUUCUGCAGAAUCUCCUGUGAACCCACAUCUUCCAUCAUCUGGACUGGAUGGAUCCCUUUCUAACACAGUGGCACCAGUAGACAGCGCCAUCCAGUGCUGAUCCCAUGGGACCUUCUUGAUUGUGCAUUAAUUAGAAAGAGGGUAUUGAAUUGCAGCCAGCCCUAAGCCUUGCUAAUCUCUUUUGUUUUGUUUUGUAAAAGAAGAUGAGACCCAAAGAAAGGGAGAGUCGAGAUUUUGUGCCAUUCCUGUUAAAAUAUUCAUCAGGCUCACUGGGCUGGGGGGAGCCGCUUGUACGGGAGUGGAGGAGCAGUCCUCACUUCUCUUCUGGAAAUGGGAUCCUCUGAGCAAGGUACGUCACACAGGGAUGCACUGGAAGGUGCAUUAGGCUGCCAGCGAGAUGCAGAGUUCAACUCUGAAGCCCAGCAGAAGAGCCAAGAAGAAUGCAAGACAGAAGCAGCGUGGCAAGUCCUUCUGCUGAGAUCCUGUGAAGCUGCUCUAGCAGAUGUGGAAAGGAAAUCUUCCACAGUAUUCCCAGCACAGAUGACUUCUUUUUCUCUUCAUUAGCCAGAGAUGACUAAUUUAAAUUUAGAACCCGAAUUUAAUUUAAAAUAAUAUUUCCAUUAAUAACCUAUUCAUUGCAGAUACCUAUUAUACUGUGUAACAGUUGUUUUGGAAAUUUUAUGUAAAAUUAAAACUAUCAGUAUUUUACAGAUGUUUUAAUUAGACAUUGUUAUUAACAGGAACGGUGCAGAAACUAAAAUCAAGCCUUUAAUGUCUUAUAGACCGUGCAUUUUUGAAGUUAGUGUCCACUGGGGACCUAUUAACUGUACAUUUGCAAGAUUUCAUUAUUUUUGCCUCUGACACUAUGGGAGAAAUCUUGUAGGAGCUAUUGGGACAGAUUCAAGCUUUUAUGUACUUCUUACUACAGUGGUAAAAUGAGAUCUCGUCUCGGCGCCUGGAUUAUUCUUCUCAUGUUAAACCCACCCAAACGAAGGAGACUAAGUAGGUAAUGAUUUUCCCAAUGCAUUUGCAUGCUGUGCUAAUCCGAGGCCGUGGCAAUUGUUUCCCAGGGCUCUUGGGCAUUGAAUUAUUAGAAUGUAAUUGUGCAUCAUUGCUGUGCUCACCUUAUUGAGGCACACACUGAUGUUAAUGAGCCUCAGGCUCUGAUGCUUGUUUAGAGAUCAACUCUGUCUUGGAUGGAAGGGAACAAAGCUAAAUAAAUGUACUUUAGUGAG